AUGCCAGACCUGGUCGACGCGGUAGCGCUCACACUGCGCGCCUCCGGUCUCAUCGCCUCGCGGCGGUCUGCCGCCGACGCCGACGAGAUCAUGCUUGCCAUUGACGCGCCGCACAUGUGGCUGGCCCGUGCGGCCGAGGCGGCUUCGCUGAAGAAGGCGCUCAAGGACGGCGCGCUCCGCUCAUUUGUCGUUGCCCGCUCCGAGGCCUUUGAUGGCUUUGCGGAGCGGACCCAGUUCUUCACCUCCAAGGAGAAGAUCCAGCUGCUGAUCGACGCGCUCGAGUGUUUGCUGCCCGGAACAGAUGCGGCACGCGUGGCAAGCGUUCCAUGGUCGCCGUCGAUGCCGAUGGUCGCCACUCUCCGCAAGGAAUCACUGCUCCUUGCCGAGUUUCCGUUCCACGACGACGAUGCCCUGGCGGCGCUCGAGAACGCAUGGCUCACCCGGCACCUCGAGUCGCGGCAGCCGAUCGACGCCGUGCACGAGUACUACGGCGCCGAAAUUGCGUUUUACUUUGCUUGGCUUGAGGAGUACACCCGGUGGCUGACCGUGCCUGCCGCGCUCGGCGCCGUCGUUUUUGCCCUCACCCAAACCAUGCCGUCGGCGGCGCAGAUCGGCAUCCUCGUCUUUGCUGCAUUUAUCACUCUCUGGGGCACCUGCUUCCUCGAGGCAUGGAAGCGGCGCUCCGCCGUCCUCGCUUACCACUGGAACGUCCACGAGCAUGAGGCCUCGGAGGCGGCUCGGUUCCAGUACACCGGCGAGUUGGUCACGAAUCCGCUCACCGGUGCACAUGAGCGCCACUUUCCCUGGGCUGCUCGCGCCGCCCGCUACGCCAUCACCAUUCCGGUCACCGUUGCUGCUGUCAUAUUUGCCAUUCUCGUCAUGCUCACCUCGUUUGCCGCCGAGGACGCGCUCCGCGGCUCGCACUGGACCGUCCGCCUCAUCCCGCUCGGCCUCUACGGCGUCUUUGUCCCGCUCUUCAACAUGGCCUACCGCAAGCUCGCCGUCGUCCUCAACGACUACGAGAACCACCGGACCGAGACUCAGUACAAGGACAGUAUGAUCAUCAAGCUCGCCUCGGUCCAGUUUGUCAACUGCUACGUCUCGCUCUUCUACGCAGCCUUUGUCGUCCGCGACCUCGACCGGCUCACUACCCAGCUCACCUCGCUCCUGUUUACCUCGCAGAUUCUGUUUGGCACCCUCGAGGUCCUCACUCCGGCAGCCACAAAGCUCUACGCGCUCUGGUCGUCGGCAAAGGACUUGGGCUCGGACCAUGCCCCGCGCAUCGUUUCCAAGGCUCGUGCCGAGUACGGCAUGCCUCCGUACGCCUCGGUCUACGACGACUACCUCGAAAUGGUCAUCCAGUUUGGCUACAUUACCCUCUUUGCCGCCGUCCUCCCUCUCGCCCCGCUUCUUGCCUUUGCCAACAACGUCGUCGAGAUCCGCGCCGACGCCUACAAGCUCGUCGGCACCUCGCGCCGCCCGGUCCCUGUCACCGUCUCGGACAUCGGCGUGUGGUGGACCCUGCUGCAGGUCCUCUCGGUCGGCUCGGUCCUCACCAAUGUGGCCCUCGUCGGCUUUACCUCGCACGGCAUCGCCGCGCUCACGCCGACAUGGUCGCACGCCGCCCAGCUCGGCCUUCUUGUCGCCGCCGAGCACGCCCUCCUCGCCCUCAAGUAUCUGCUCUCGGUCACCAUCCCCAACCGUCCCGAGUGGCUCGAGAUGCGAAUCCAGGCCGAGCACGCCCGCAACCGCGCCUUUGCCGCCGACGCCGCCGCCGCUGCCUCCCGCCCCAUCCCCCAGCACGACCACGCCGACUGA